CUCAACGCCGAAAAGGACAGCGGCAGAACCAAUGGGAAAACAGCCUCCCUCCGGCACCACCACCUCCACCAGUCCACCACCACCACCACCACCACCACCAAGGCGCAGCAGCGCGUCUGGCUCCCGUCCCGCGGCCUCCUAUCCAAUCCAACCCAUCCGCUCCCCUGCGCUCCACACCCUCCGCUCCGCUUGAUUCCCUUCCCGGCCCGUCCACUCCGCCAACACCACCCACCACCCACCGACGCACAAGCAGCCACCUCGCUCCCCUCCACCUCCCCCUUCCCGCCUCCCCCGCGCGCGAUGGCGGUCACGCGCCUCGCCGUGGCCGCCGCCCUCUCCUCCGCCCCGCCGUCCUCCUCCCACAGCCGAGGCAGGGCCACCCCCUCCUCCUGCCGGCCCCUCCCCGCCGCCUCCAAGUCCAAGGCCCUGCGCGCCGCCGCCGCCCCCGCCGCCGACGCCGUCGACGAGGACGCCCCCGCCUCCCCUCCUCCCUCAGAUCCUGGCAGGGGAGUGGAGAACCUGGUGAUCAUCGGUUCAGGCCCCGCAGGGUACACCGCGGCCAUCUACGCCGCACGGGCGAACCUGAAACCCGUCGUCUUCGAAGGUUACCAAGUCGGCGGUGUUCCCGGAGGCCAGCUGAUGACCACCACCGAGGUGGAGAAUUUCCCUGGGUUCCCCGACGGCAUAACCGGGCCUGAUCUCAUGGACAAAAUGCGGAAGCAAGCGGAGCGGUGGGGUGCAGAGCUUCACCAAGAGGAUGUCGAGUUUGUGGAUGUGAAGAGCAGACCGUUUGUUAUUCGUAGCAGUGACCGAGAGGUGAAAUGUCAUAGUGUAAUCAUUGCAACUGGAGCUACUGCGAAGCGACUUCGAUUACCUCGUGAAGAAGAAUUUUGGAGCAGAGGUAUCAGCGCAUGUGCAAUAUGUGAUGGAGCAUCACCUCUGUACAAGGGUCAAGUUCUUGCGGUCGUUGGAGGUGGAGAUACAGCUACCGAGGAAGCGAUAUAUUUGACAAAAUAUGCGUGCCAUGUUCAUUUACUUGUUCGAAGGGACCAACUACGAGCAUCCAAAGCUAUGCAGGACCGAGUACUCAACAACCCCAACAUAACAGUACAUUUCAAUACAGAAGCUGUGGAUGUUGUCGGCAAUACCAAAGGACAGAUGUCCGGUAUUCAGUUGAGGAGAAUCGAUACUGGAGAGGAAAAAGUUCUUGAAGUGAAAGGUCUAUUUUAUGGGAUAGGGCAUACUCCAAAUAGUCAGCUGCUAGAAGGUCAAAUUGAACUUGAUAGUUCUGGAUAUAUUUUGGUUGAGGAAGGCACGGCAAAAACUUCAGUUGAUGGCGUAUUUGCUGCUGGUGAUGUGCAGGAUCAUGAAUGGAGGCAAGCCGUUACUGCAGCUGGAUCUGGAUGUAUAGCUGCUUUGUCAGUUGAAAGAUACUUAGUCUCCAGUGAUCUUCUUAUUGAAUUCCACCAGCCUGUUCGCGAAGAGAAAAAGAAGGAGAUUGAAGGCAAAGAUGUUGAGAUGGGCUUUGACAUUACUCACACAAAGCACAAGGGACAGUAUGCACUCCGCAAGUUAUACCAUGGAAGCCCAAGGCUCAUUUUGGUUCUAUAUACUUCUCCAACAUGUGGUCCCUGCAGAACAUUAAAACCAAUUUUGAACAAGGUUAUAGAUGAGUAUGACGAAUACGUUCAUUUUGUUGAAAUUGACAUUGAAGAGGACCCUGAAAUAGCAGAAGCUGCAGGCAUCAUGGGAACACCUUGUGUUCAGUUCUUUAAAAACAAAGAAAUGAUCAGGACUUUCUCUGGUGUGAAGAUGAAGAAGGAAUACCGGGAAUUCAUUGAGUCGAACAAAUGAUCUGAGCUCAUUGUUUGUCCCAGGGUUUUGAAGUGUAAUGGCCUCCAUUUACACAUAUAUUGACUAUAUUUAGAAGCCACGCUGGUGGGCAAUUUUUGGUCAAAUUCUCAGAUGAGCCUGGUGCAGUCAUGCCAUAGGAAAUUAACCGACCGCCCUUAUUGAAUCCAAAAUAUAUUCUUUGUUGUACAAUAUAACAUCUUGUUGACCCCUGCCAUUGACCGGCGUUUCAUGUCUA